AAAUAAUCAUCUAAUCGAUUAAUUAUUUGGUGGUCCUUUAAAAAUUUCUGAUUUCUGGCCUUGAUUUCGCGUUUGAUAAAUUAUCGAUUUGAAUGUAUAGUGCACGUGUAUUACUACUACUAACAAACUUGUCGUCUAAUCAUAAUCAUUUGAUUUGAUUUUAAUUGAAUUGAAUUAAAAUCAAAUAUCAAAUGAAAGUAGAAAAAUGAGCGCAACCAAACCUAACCAAAUGUAUUCGGAUCAACGACAAACUGGAAUUCAUUCGCAACAACGUGAACAACACGGCAAUUGUUGUCGACAAAUUCAUAUGCCACUUUUGACAGAUAAAUAUCAAAUAACAAUGGCUUAUGCCUAUUGGAAGAAUGGUAUGUCGGAAAAAUAUGCCGUUUUUGAUAUAUUUUUUCGGAAAAAUCCAUUCGGUGGUGAAUUCACUAUAUUUGCUGGCCUCGAAGAAUGUCUAAAUUUUCUGAAUGGAUUUCGUUAUACAUCUGAUGAUAUUGAUUUUUUUCGGAAGAUUCUUUCUGAUGAUGUUGAAGAAGAAUUUCUUGAAUAUUUAUCCAAAAUUACUGCCAAAGAUGUUGUUGUUUAUUCCGCAGCGGAAGGUACAGUUGUAUUUCCAAAAGAACCAUUAAUGCGUAUCGAAGGUCCAUUGGUUGUUUGUCAGUUAUUGGAAACAACAUUUUUAACAUUGGUUAAUUAUGCCUGUCUUAUCGCAACAAAUGCUGCCCGUUAUAAAAUUGCAAUCGAUAAUCGUAAAAUCCAAUUAUUAGAAUUUGGACUUCGUCGUGCUCAAGGACCAGAUGGUGGUCUAUCUGCAUCCAAAUACAGUUAUAUUGGUGGUUUUGAUGGUACAUCAAAUCUAUUGGCCGGUAGAUUAUAUAACAUUCCUGUUAUGGGUACACAUGCACAUUCAUUUAUUAUGUCACAUCAUUCAACAAUGGAUGAACCGAAAAAUAUUUAUCUAAAAUCCAAAUUAACUGGUGAAAUGAUUAAUUUUUUGGAAACAACUCAAAAUUUUAAAGAUGAAGUAGCCAAAAUUUUACAAGUAUCAGCAACAGAAUCAAGUAAAAGUGAAUUGAUAGCGUUCAUAUCAUAUGCUUUAGCAUUUCCUGGAUCAUUUUUGGCAUUAGUCGAUACAUAUGAUGUUAUCCGGUCGGGAAUUUUAAAUUUUUGUAUCGUUGCAUUAGCAUUAAAUAAACUUGGUUAUCGUGCAUUAGGUAUUCGUAUCGAUAGUGGUGAUCUUGCUUAUCAAUCUGUUGUUGCACAUGAUUGUUUUCGAAAAAUUGCCGAAUAUUAUAAAUUAGAAUGGUUCGCAAGAUUAUCAAUUAUUGUUAGUAAUGAUAUUAAUGAAGAAACAAUUGUUUCAUUAAAUGAACAAAAACAUCGUAUCAAUGCAUUCGGUAUUGGUACGCAUUUGGUUACAUGUCAAAAACAACCUGCACUUGGUUGUGUUUAUAAGCUCGUUGAAAUUGAUCAAAAUCCAUGCAUAAAAAUCAGUCUUGAUUUAGCUAAAGUGACAAUACCAUCUCGGAAAAAUGUUUAUCGUAUUUUUGGUCGUGAAGGUUAUGCAUUAUUAGAUUUAUUAACCGGUUCGCAUGAACAACAGCCAAAGAUAUUGGAUAAAAUACUAUGUCGUCAUCCAUUUGAAGAAUCAAAACGUUGUUUUGCCACACCUAGUCGUAUUGAAUGUUUAUUACAGAUUUGGUGGCAAGAUGGAAAGAUUGCACAAUCAUUACCAACAUUAAUGGAAAUACGUGAACGUGUACAGAAUAGUUUGGCAAUAUUGCGACCAGAUAUAAAACGUUUAUUAAAUCCAACGCCAUAUAAAGUUUCUGUAACAGAUAAUUUAUAUCAUUAUAUGCAUCAAUUAUGGCUGGAAAAUGCACCAGUUGGUGAAUUACAUUGAUCAAAUUAAUAAAUUUAAAUUAAAUGUUUUUUUGUUAUCAUCAUCAUCAUCAGCAAAAUAUCCAAAAUUCAUUAAUAUUAAACAUUCGUUUUGUUUUUGUUUUGUUUUAAAUGUUGUCGUUAUCAUUUGUUGAUUUCAAUUAUCAAUAUUAGAUGUCACUAUUCGUAUAAAAACUCAUUAAAAUCUUGAUUAUCAUCAAUAUAUAUUGAUGUUUGUUUACUUUGGCAAUUUUUGUCUAAAGAAAAAUUAUUUAAAUAAAUUUGUUAAAUUUUAA